AAUUAUCUACCAGCCGAAGCCUAAAACAAAAGCCGCCAUUUGAAAAACACUCUGUUAAUUGCCAUUUCUAGAGAGAGAGAGAGAGAGUUAGAGGGGGAGGGAGUGUACAGUGACAGUGAGGAAAGCAAGCACUUUCGAAAACGACGCCAUUGACUGAGUUUCCUGAGAAACCCUGUCAAAUUAAACCCUAAUUUUUCUUGGAUGAGGCCAUAUUUGGGUGAUUCAGAGUUUUCCCACCUGACCCCUUCUUGCUCUUAAAAUGAAUACGAGAAACAGUCGGGUAUCUAGGGGUCAGAGUUCAAAAAAAAGUCAAGGUGAGGGGACAAAUUGGAUUCUCAUUGCUGGUGGUGCUUUGCUAAGUACCUUGUCAGUCCGACUUGGUUACAAGCUGAAGCAGGCACUUGACUCAAAGCAACAAGAUAAUGUUACUGCCAGCUUGAAAGGGAAUGGAGCUUCUGACAGAAGGAGAUCACCAGGUCGCCGGUUACAUUCAAACAUGUAUUCUUUCACUGAAGAAGAUGAUGGUUGUUUCAACUGCAUGUUAGGAGCUGAAAACAUGGGUGAGAAGCACCCACCCAAUGGUCAGAUGUUGCCCGAAUCUGAAGUUGCUCUCCCUCUGGUGACAGUUCCCACGUCUGAGUUCAACAAGGAUAAUGGUGUUAUGUGGGCAUCAUCUCCGGAUCGUCUUGAGUUACCUCCGAAGCCGUUCCAUCAUUCUAACUGCUCUGACUCACCAUGUGUCUCAGAAUCAGGCUCCGACAUAUUUAGCAAACGGGAAGUGAUACAGAAACUAAGGCAACAGUUGAAAAGAAGAGAUGAUAUGAUUUUGGAGAUGCAGGAUCAGAUUAUGGAGCUGCAGAAUUCACUGAAUGCUCAGGUGGCACACUCAACCGACUUACAAUCACAGCUUGAUGCAGCAAAUAGAGACUUGUUCGACUCCGAGAGAGAAAUCCAAAGGCUGAGGAAGGCAAUUGCAGAUCACUGUGUAGGACAUGUUGGCACGAAUAAGAAAACAUCAACCGAUGCAGCUUGGCCAUCUGACAUAAGAAAUGGCCAUGCUGAUGGGUAUCUUGAUGUGGAAAGCAACUCGGGCUCCCCUGAGAAGGGAAGGGGAGAUGGGGAGAGAAUUGAGAUGCUGAAGAGAGAAGUAGGAGAGUUAAGAGAGGUAAUAGAAGGAAAAGAUUUUUUGUUGCAGAGCUACAAGGAGCAGAAAAUGGAGCUUUCGAUGAAGAUGAAGGAGUUGCAGCAGAGAUUGGAUUCCCAGCUCCCCAACAUUUUGUAGAUACCGUUGAAGAUUUUGUGCAUUCUUGCUUUGGUUUCCCCUGUUUCUUUAUUUGAUUCGAGGUUAAAGAAUUGCCUCUCCAUUUUUUAUCCUUUCUUGUGUUGGGUUUAAGUUGGAUGAUAUGUUCUUUGCUUGUGCAUCUGUAUGUAUGGGGGAGAAAGAAAGGGGAAAGCAAAGCAGUAGGCACCAUUAUAUUGGUUUGGUAUUUA